UCAAAAUGACUGAUGUUAUGCGUGAAAUGAUAGCUCAGCAAAGGGCUGAAGAAGAAGGACGUAAACUGCCACCUUUUGACCAUCAUUCAGUUUGUCGUUCUUAUUUACAAGGUUGUUGUCCGAGAGAAUUACUGUCGGAUACAAGGCUUGAAUCAAUGAUGUCUUGUCGAAAAAUGCAUGAACCGGCACAUAAGGGAGAAUAUAAUAAAGCACAAGAGAAAAGGGAUUUGUUCUACGACGUUGAGGCCUACGAAGAGCUCGAGGACGCAAUUUGUAUUGUGGAUCAGGAAAUUCGAAGACUUCAGGAUAAAGUAAAAAGAGAUGCUGAAAAUAAUUUAGACCUUACUGAGCAACAUCGAACCCAAAAGAUAUUUGAAGUAAACGAGCAAAUUGGAGUUGCUUUAGUCCAAAUUGAGGCUCUCGGUAAUGAAGGGCGUAUAAACGAAUCAGUCGAGUUAUCGAGGAAGGUGGACGAAUUGAAGAAAAGAAAACGGGAGCUUGACACUGAAAUGAAAGGGAUACAUCCAUCUAUGCUGCAGCGUUUGCGUGUUUGUGAAACUUGUAGCGCUCAGUUGAACGUUAUGGAUCAUGAAACUCGUUUGCAAGAUCAUUAUGGAGGAAAAAUGCAUUUGGGUAUGGUAGAAAUUCGUGAAAAAUAUGCAGAAAUGAAGAAUUCAAUUGAUGAGCGUCGUACUUUAAAAAAGCUUGCUGAGGAGAAGGAACGCAGUGAACGUCGUAAUCAACGAGGGCGAAGUCGUAGUCGUGAACGAAAGCGUUCUCGUUCACGCGAGAAAAAGUCUCAUCGAAGUCGAAGAGUCGUUCGCAUAAAGAACGUCGUCGUUCGCGUUCCCGCGAGCGGAAAUCGUCUCGUCGUGAUUCGAGUCGUGAACGUUGUUUUGCUUGAUCUCAAAAUGCCUGAUGUCAAGCCAGCGAAUCAAUAUGAACAUUUUUCUGAAAUGCGUGCCCGUCAAUUUCUAUCUCAAAUAGCAAGUCUUGGGCCAAGACCGAGUGGUUCUGAGGCAUUGGAGAAAAUUAAUUCUUUGAAGGAUGUUGUUAACUGGAAUGAUGUUAAUAGAAUUGAAAUGGAUAUUCAAAGGCCAACUGGUUGUUAUGACCUCAAAUUUUUGUCUGUAUUUACUCUUUGUUAUCAUAAAGUUACAAAUAUUGUUGCCAGAAUCGGCCCAAAGAAAGGACCCACAGAUUUUUCAAUUUUAAUUAAUUGUCAUUUUGAUACUUUACCUGACACUCCCGGUGCAACAGAUAAUGCCGUUUCUUGUGCUAUUAUGAUGGAAAUUUUGGAAGUUUUUGCACACUUAAAUGAGCCUUUAGAACAUGACAUUCUUUUCCUUUUUAAUGGAGCCGAAGAGAAUUUCCUUCAGGCAUCUCAUGGUUUUAUUGUCAAUCACCCUUGGCGACAUUCUUUGAGAGCUUUUAUUAAUUUAGAAGGAUGUGGUUCUGGUGGAAGAGAAUUACUUUUUCAAUCAUGGCUAAUCAAAACUUAUUUGGAUAAUGCUCCACAUCCGCAUUGCAAUGUUCUUGGACAAGAAAUUUUUCAGUUGGGGAUAAUUCCGUCUGACACUGACUUUCGGAUUUUUCGUGAUUAUGGAAAGAUUUCUGGUUUUGACAUUGCCUAUAUUCGAAAUGGUUGGGUUUAUCACACAGAAUUUGAUCGUCCAGAAUUGAUUGAUAUUGGUGCAAUUCAACGCUCUGGGGACAAUAUUUUGGCUUUGAGUCGAGCAUUAAUUCGUUCUCCUUAUUUAAAACAACCGGCAAAUUUUAAUGAGGGAACAAAAUGGGUUUUCUUGGAUGUCGUUGGCUUGUUUACUAUUUUUUAUGAAAUGAAAUUAGCUCUUAUCUUCAAUUAUACUGUGUUGGUGUUAGUUUUAAUUCGAAUCUAUUUACAUCUUUUUCGUAACGGGGAUUAUUCUAUUAAUGUUUUGUUGCGUGCUUCUACGAAUCAAUUUAUGGCUUUUGGAGCUAUGUUAUUUAUUGGGAUUUGUUUAGUUUUAAUUAUUAGUCUAUUAAAUAUGACAAUGAGUUGGUAUUCAAUGCCUGAAUUAGUAUUUCCAUUAUAUAUUGUGCCAAUGAUGACUGCAGCUUUUUUUGCACAUGCUCGUUCAGCUGGGAAAAUGGAAUUGGAUAUGGCUAUGAAAUUCGAAAAAGCACAUUUUGAUUCUACAAUAAUUUUUUGGUCUAUAGUUCUUUUUAUACUUACUUGGAUUCAUUCAGCUAGUUCUUAUUUAUUUAUGUUUCAUGUUUUAUUUCCACUCAUUCGUGAUCCUUUAUUGUCAAUUUCUAAAAUUUUUGGAUUUAUUAAAGUUAUAACACCAAAAUCACUUUUUUGGGCUCAAUCAAUUUGUUUAACUCCUUUAAUUAUUUUAAUUAGUACAUAUACACAACUACUUUUUGACUUUUUUGUCCCAGUAAUGGGCCGUUUUGGAAAUACGAUUAAUCCAGAAAUUUUUAUAAUGUCUUUUUCUUUGUUGGUUUCGCUUACUUUUAAUAAUUUAAUUUAUGUAAGUCGCCGACUUGGUUUUAUGGUAAAAUGUAUGAUUGCUGUUUCUCUUUUUUGUUUUUUAAUCAUUUCAACAACAAAUGUUGGUGUUCCUUAUAAAUAUUCAAAAGAAUCUCCUCGUCUUCGACGUGUUAUUGCUUUGCACGCAAAGAAAAGUGUUUUUAAAUUUGAUGGAAAUUUACUUAAUUCUGAAACUGGUUUAUUUGUACAGGCAUUGGAUUAUAGAGGGGCUGAUGAUUUGCCUGAACAUACUUUUUUACAAGGUGUUGGGAAGCCUGACUGUUCAAAUACAACCGAUGAAUAUUGUCAAAUGCCCUAUUAUACUGCAAUUCAUCAACUCUUCCCUCCCGAUCGUUCUCGAUGGGUGCCACUACCAACAGAACCUCCAAUAGCUCGACCUUUAAAUGUGAAAUUGUUGGAGCGAAAAUUUCUUUCAAAUAAUAUGCUUAAUUUAACAAUUGCUAUCUUUGGAGGGGCAGACAAAGCAUCUUUACAUAUAACCCCACUUGAUGGUUUUCAAAUGAGAAAUUGGUCAUUAACAGCAUUUAAUCCAAAAACAUAUAGUAAUCGACCGCAUGCAACUUAUUUUGUAUUUAUGACAUACGGAUAUGAGGCGCCAAAAGAAAGAAUUAUUUGGAUUUUGCUUGAAAAAAAUGGAGGAAAGAAAUUAACUUUAACUGAUAUUGGAAAAGAACCAGCACUUGAAUUAGCAGUAGCAACACAUUAUGUUCAUGGAGCCAAUCAAAAUUCGGAUACUCUUCAUCAGCUACGCUCUUUAAUUGCCAAUCGAAGAGAGAAGCCACAUGCUGGAGUUGGCUUUUGGCGUUGGGGAAUUACACUGACUGCUGGCGUUUCUGAAAUUGUUGUUCAUUCCUUUUAA